AGAAGGAUUCAAAACCUUCCAGAACUGUCUCUCACGUCAACCAACAACAAACAUACAGCCAGAUGCCUCUGGAAUUCAACCACACAACUCACCAGGGAGACAUAUUUUUAGGUUAGUUCAGAACUGAAUUCUCUUAAAGGAAUAUACUUUUGUGGUUGUGUUUGAGAGUAGUUGAAAUAAGUCCUAAACGUGUGUUUGAUGUAUACCUGGAUGUGGACACUGCUCGUCCUGAGCCUGGGGUUGGGGCAUGCUCAGAGGUCCACCCAGGAAGCCUUCAUGAUGCAGUAUUUUGAGAGGAGGAUUGCCCAACUUGAGGAGCGUCUGAUAAAAUGUGAGCAGAACACCCAGCAGGUGGACCAGAAGAUCUAUGACCUGUCUACAAAGGUGCGUGGCCAGCUGGCUAGCAUGGAGGUGCACCGAACAGAGGUAAAGACUCAGGUGGAUAAUGUAGCCAUGCGGAUGGAGCGAGUGGAGAGGGAUGUGGAGUACCUGGAGAAUAAGACCCCUAACCAGCCCCACAUCGAGGUAGAGGAGGCCCUGAUGGAACAGCAGAUGAAAGACACCCAGAAGAAAAUAGUAAAGAUCACACUGGGGACAGACUGCAACAUAGCUCUCACUGGUGUGAAGUCUCUGAAGAUAGUGAAGAAAGCAGGGGACGUCUAUGGAUCCUGGCUGAAAGACCCUACUAAGGGCUCUGCCAAAAUCUAUUUCUUCAGCGGGAAUAAGAACAACACCGUACUGGAGUUUAAAUCCUUGAAGACCUUCACUGAGGGAAGGCUCGCCCAGGCUCAUCCAAUUCAGCUCCCCUUUCCCUGGCAGGGAACUGGCCAUGUGGUCUACAAUGGCUUUCUGUACUAUCACAGGGCAGACACACCCAACCAGAUCUUAAAGGUGCAUCUCCUCAACCGCACUGUGGCCGACAGUAUGCUGCUGCCCGGGGUUGGCCGCCUGCCUACCUACGCCCUCACCACACACACCUUCCUGGACCUGGCUGUGGACGAACUGGGCCUGUGGGUCAUCUACUCUGACCCAGAGUUUGGGGGCAACCUGGUGAUCACCAAGCUGGACAAGAGCAGCCUGGCUGUGGAGCACACCUGGGACACCACCUGUACGAGCCGCGACGCAGAGUCAGCAUUCAUGAUCUGUGGAACACUGUACGUGGUGUAUAACUCCCGCUACGGAGGGCGCUCCAGCAUUCAGUGCCUGUACGAUAUCCACGACACCAUUCACAGUGAGGAGAGCCCUGUGCUGUUCUUUCCUAAGCGCUACACCAACCACUACAGUAUGCAUUACCACCCCAAGGACAAGCAGCUGUAUGCCUGGGACGACGGCUACCAGACCAUCUACAAAGUGGACCUCAAGAGCAAGGCUGAAGUCUGACAUGAGUCUACAUUAAACGCUUAUCAGUCAUAGAACCACAGGCGUAUUCAAAACAUAACUAAUUAACAAUGUCCAUAUUCUUAUCAUAAUAGCCAACAAUAAUCCAUUUAAGUUGAGGUAACACAAUACACGGUUUACUCAAGGCCCAUAUUUUCACAUGACUUUCUGCAAGAUUAUAAUAAACUGCAUUUAAAAAGUUGUCUUUCUGGGAGCAAUGUAGUGGUCAGAUGGUUCUUAGUACAAUGUAGUGGUCAGAUGGUUCUUAGUACAAUGUAGUGGUCAGAUGGUUAUUAGUACAAUGUAGUGGUCAGAUGGUUCUUAGUACAAUGUAGUGGUCAGAUGGUUCUUAGUACAAUGUAGUGGUCAGAUGGUUCUUAGUACAAUGUAGUGGUCAGAUGGUUCUUAGUACAAUGUAGUGGUCAGAUGGUUCUUAGUACAAUGUAGUCAGAUGCUUCUUGGAGGUACAGUGACUGAAAAUAAGUUUUUGCCAAUGUGGCACUGUUGAACUGAAUGAGGUGAGAGAGCUCUCCCAAAACAGUAGCUUUUUGCAUAGUCAUACAUGUUUAUGGAGCAAAUUUUAUGACCCUGCUGAACACAUCAGAGCUCUAAAGAUUGGAUGUGCCUGUAAAGUAAUGGAAAACAACUAAAUCUGACAUUCCCACAAGCUGAUGGUACUAUUCUAUUAACAGACAAACCAUAUUUUCCUAUUCCUGUUCCUAUAAUAAUUUUGAUAUGAGCUUCUGUUCUUUGUGGUGACUUUGAAAGGCAUUACAUGACAUGUUAUUAUUGGUGUAUGUAUAUGGCAUAGCAACCACGUGAACAGGCUAAUUGAGCAUGGGCCAAGUGUAGUCAAAUGAGAUUAGGUAGCUAGUAAUAGAGCCCCACAGUUGGUGUCAUAAUACCCAUAAAACCCAAGUGGUCAAACAGGCAAAUGGUUCCAAUCGUUUUUCCACCAUUCAUUAUUCCCAUAGGGCAUUUUAGAAACACUUGGCUAGGCAUACUCUGGCAUGAUGUUUUGAGAACUAUGUAAAUCACUCUCACAAGGUGCCUUGUAUCAAUAUAUUCAGCUCAUUUACUCUCAGAUUAAAAAAUGCUAAUUAGCAUCAAAGUAAACAUCAUGCAAGACUACAAAUCCCUGCAAGCUCCUUCACGUCACCUCUAGCUGACUCCUUUGCUAACAGGUAUUGUGUCAAUUUAAAACUUGCACAAGACAGUUCAAAGAAAUGUCAGUUUAAAGAAAUUGUAUUUAUUCAUUACUAAAUGCGUUACUAAAUUAAAAUAAAAUUAUAUGUUAAUCCAGAGAUUCUUACCUUCUCCUUGAUUCGGCAGUCACGUCCAAAUUAUCAUUGCAUUUGUAGUUCUUUAUGAUAGCCACAUAAACAGCUGAUUAGCAUUUAAUUUUGGGGGGGUAGAUACAGGCGACUGUUUUGAUAAAUCACCUUGUCCUAGAGAGAGUUACAUGGUUAUCAAAACGUCACGCCAGGUAAUCCCAUAUGGGAAAAAUUUAUGGUGGAGAACGAUAGAACCAUUUUCUUGUUUGACCGCUAGGUUCUAUGGGUAUUAUGACUCAUGCUGUGGUAAUCUAACCUGAGAUAUUUUUGCUGUGUUUUUUUGUAUAACUAUGCUUGUCUCACUUAUAAUCAGCAGAUGGCACUGUUGUUAAGAACUUCAGCACAAACCGCCAGUGAGCCAAGCGUCCAAAUGAUAGGCUGGCUGUAUGUUUUAGUCCUACAGUCCUGGGGUAUAUAAUACUGUGCACGUGCUGGUCCAUGGCAGACUCAACCACGUGAGAUAAAAAUUUGCACAGGUAAAUGGGGACCCCCCCCCAAAAAAAAAAAAUUGUAUUUAUGUUUACACAAAUAGCAUACAGAAGAUGUGAUGAGUUGUAAUAUAUUUAUUACACGUGAUUACAAUAAUUUGUUGCAGAUUUGAGUUUACAUGUCGUCUUGUUCACGUAUUGGGAAUGAUGAGCAGCUAGAGCACAUGGGCUGUGUAGUUUGAUGGGAUGGCACACCCUUAGAAUCACAUGAUAGGUGAUUGGUGGAGAGGCUUUUAUGAUGAACACACUUAUGGCGUUGGCAGCGCAAAGGCACAGUCGGUCAAUGCGCCGAGCAUCCCAUCGCUGAAGACACCACUUACAGUGCCAAGGACCAUUUUAAAUCCAAAGUGGUCAAUAGUGUAUUUUGCAAGUUGCAGGGGAGGAAUACGCGCUGGAGAGCAAGUCUCCGAAGUCGAGGAUAUUAUAGGUAAUGCCGAGACACUUGUUUUCUUCUUCUUAUUUACUUAGUAAAGUUUUUUAUCCUACUCGCAGGUAUUCAUAAUAUAAGUAGAUACGAUUUAAAGCCUAUCUGUAGCCGAAUGUACGGCGGCUUUCUGAAUAAACACAAUUUUAAUUGUUCUAUA